AGGUUAAGUAAAAAAAAAAAGGUCAUUCUACCACAAAAAUAAUAUGUUUGAAACCGCAGUGCCAUCUUAGCAACAUAUAAAACGAAAUAAUUACUAGAAAUCCAUAGGUUUCCUUCUAACAUGGUUUUGUCUUUUAUUUUACCAUAACACAAUUUAAUUUUUUACAACAACAAUAAAAUAAUAUAGCCAUGACGUCUAUCACAAAACCGGUUUCAGUUUUUUUUGUAGUAUUUUUCGCAUGUGUUUGAUUUUUUUUGUGGUAGUUAUAUAUAAGCUGGCCUCUUGAUUCACGGCUUUACAUUGGUGCCAAAUUUCGUUCAUAUUAGCAGGGAAAAUGGUUGGUUUCAAAAUAUUGUUUACUUUAUGCGCGUUUGCCAUUUGUUUUUGCGCUUCGGCUUAUGUUGACACCUUACAAAAAUGCGGCAAAAGCGAUGCAGUUUGCCAAAAAAAGUUGCUCCAAUCAGUAUUAAAGUCGAUCUCUAAAACCGGUAUACCUGAACUUGAUAUACCACAAAUAGAUCCGAUACAACUUAAAGGCUUCAAUGUUGCUAUACUCGACCUAGUGAACAUUACCCUCGUUGAUGGAGUAGCUAAGGGAGUUAAAGACUGCACAGUCAAUAAAUUUGAAGCCAAUUUCGACGAUCUACAUGCAAGUAUCGAGCUACUCUGUGAUAUAACUAUCAAAGGACAUUACUCAGUUUACUCAGGGAGUCCCCUCAUUAAAAACUUUUUAGGGGGAGAUAAUAUCCAUGGUGAUGGAAAUGGAAAAGCAAAAAUAGAAAAGUUCAAAAUUGCAUUUGAUUUCGAUUUCACCGUAGAAAAACGAGGAGAUGAUUUAUUCAUUAAAAGCAGCAUUGACAAGAUGAAAUACACGUACGAUGUUUUAGGUAAAAUGGUAUUUGCAGCUGAUAACCUUUACGUCGGAAAUAAAGAACAAAGUGCUUCCAUCGUCAAGCUUAUGAACGAAAACUGGCGUAUUUUAAUGGAUAUGGUCGGAAAGCAAUUCGUAGAGAAAGCUAUGAAUUUCGUUUUCAACUUUACUCAGAAGUUCUUCAGCAAUGUUCCCACUAAGAAUUAUAUCUUGGAUGAUUUGGAAAAUUAUGUCAGUAGUUGAAACUACAGAACUUCUUAUCAGAGCAAUAUAACCAAUAGAGUUUCAGAUCAAAAAAAAAGUAUUCACCAUUUAUAUUUAAAUAGAAACGAACAUUAGAUACCUAAUUUGAUUGUGUGCUGUUAAAUAAUGUAUUGUAAAUAAAUGUUAAUAAAUAUCA